AUGAGACACCCAGCCGUGACCCUGCUGCCAGUCCUGGCGCUUGUUGCGCCGACCACUCUUGCAGUCCAAGUGCGAAAUGGCCAGACUGUCAUGAAUGCUGCCGGCCAGUGUGGGACUCUGACUAUCACAAACGAACAAUGUUUCACCACCACCAAUUCCACUUGA